GAAAAAGAAAAUUAAGAUAGAAAAAUAAGGAAGAAAAAUUGAUGUCGAUAUAAUAAUAGCACAUGCAGUUGCUUUCCAAAGUCUUCCUCAAGUCACUCUCAUGUUCUAAUAACCAUGCGAUUUGCGCAAGUCCGAGGGGUCGCUAUGCAACAGAAAAAUUAAAAACAUUUGAUUUUUUGAGCUAUGAAAACUAUCAAUUUUUUUCGUGAAGACGUUAAAAUAACACAAUAAUCGUCAACCUGGAUGGCUCCCUCACGAUGAAAACCUUGGUCGAUGUUGAUAUACAAAGACUUUAGGUUCAUGUUUGUCUUGGUUACACAGGUAUUUAGGAGUAAUCUUUACAUCAUGACAUAUUUAUGAAGGUAGAGAAAAGAAUAAAACCUACAACACAUCGUAGUAAAGAAAUUUCAAUAUGAUGGCAACACGUAAUCCAAAGGUUUUCCCCUCAAAGAAGCACUCUCCAGCAAACUCAUCUGAAGAAAUUGAACUGAAAGAUCAAGCAUGGAGUGAUUCUGACAGCCAGUCAGGAAGCGAACGGUUUAAAAGUAGUUUGAUUUCAGUAAAAGAAGCUGAAAAAACAUUUGAUAACACCGAUUUUGGUGGAACUUUUCCCAAAAGUAGUACAUCUGAUGUAAAUUCUACGCAUGGGACAGUUGUCAGCAUAAGAAAUGGCAAUGAUGAAAGUGAAACGAACUCAGAGAAUUCACGUAAAGAAAAGAUCAAAAGAAAUACAGUUAGUCCUGUCAGUAGUGAGAUCUUGGAAGGACGUCUUGGGACACCUGAAAGUCUAUCAGCAAAAGUUGCCUGGGAAGAAGCACCCUCAGAGCAAUCAUCUCAAACUCAACUGAUUAGUAAGGAUCACAAAGAAUCAAGAGGGAAAAACAAACAUGGUGUCAUUGAUAGUCCAGCCAAAGAUGUGGACGUUAACUCCUCAGUUUUCAUAAAUAAAGGCUAUAUGAAUGACAACACUCAAGCUUCAGAUAUUGAUGAGGAAUUAAAAGCACCACUGGAAGUAGGAUAUCAUUGUUGAAGAAGCCAUUUGCAAAAAGUACAACUGUGAAACCCUUCAUUUCUGAGAUGGAAGACUAUAAAGAUAACAAUUCUGGCCAUGUGGCAAGCUCUAGUGUUGAUUACCAUGAUAACAGUACAGUAUCUUCAGAAUCAAGUGGUAUUUUGGCAUUACCUGAGUCAGAAGGAGAGCAAAAUGCAUAUAUUCCAUUGAUUUAUGCUAAGGACUGUCUUCAAAAGGUCAUAGAUGACAUGAAGCGAAUGAAAGGGCGUCAUUUAAAGAUUGUUGGUCAGAUAGAAGAGCAAUAUAAGUUAAUAGAGAAGGACAGCCAAGGACAGUUUAAUCAAUUUGUGAUCACAAUUCGUGAUCAAUAUAAUUCAAAGAUUGCAACAUUUCGUCAAGUGAUUGAGUUCUAUCAAGCAGAUUUGGAGAAGAAAGAGAACUUCUGGAAGAGAAGCUAUGAGAGUUUGAAAGAAAGAAACAAGGCUCUUCUGGAAGAGAAGAGACAGCUUUUAUUAAAGAACAAAGAAGAUUUUUCACGUAUUGAAAUGGAGAAGAUUUUCAUAAUCAAGAAUCUUACAAAUACAUUGGAUAAGAAACAAGCAAAAUAUCUUGAAGUUAAGGACCAACUGCAUUCACGAAUGGAAGAGAAUCGCGAACUUCAAGAGGAGAUUUCUAAAUUACGUGAAAUGUGCGACAAAAGCAGCAGGCAGCAUGCUGAAGAAAUGACAGAAAUGAAAAAGGCGUCCGAAAAUGAAAUAAUUAGUAUCAAAGAUGCUUACAAUAAAGAUAUUUCAGAGUUGAAAUGUCAAGUUGAUUUGAAUGAAACGGAAAAGAAUAAAAUGAGGGAAAGUUUAGCUAAAGAAAAGAAAGAGUUGGAGAGCAGAGUUGCAGAAUUGCAAUUAACAGAAAUCGAGUCGAUAAAACCUGAGCUGGCAAAAGUAAAAAAGCAGAAUGAAUACUUGAAAACAGAAGUGAAAAAUGUUAAAUCGAUGUCGGCCGUUAACACGAUGGAAGUGGAUGAACCAAUUCAGACAUCAUCCGAGGAGAGAGAUGAUGAUUUAAAGCUACCAAUUGAUGUCGCUGCCAUUCCUUCUAAACAACAAAUGAAUCUGUCUGAAAAAGAAAAACUGAACAAUUUAAAAGAGGAAAUGGCAAAAAAGAAUGAAAGUAUUAUUGCAUUAGAAGAUCAAAUUAAAACAUUGAUGGCAGAGAAGGAAAAAUACGAAGCAAAACUUUUUGUAUUUAAGCAGGACCUUACAUUCUCCAGGCAGCGAUCUGAAGCGCUGCGUAUGCAGUUAGAAGGACUUUUGUCGGCAGUUUCGUCAAAGCAGGAUGAAGAGCAAACGGAAAAAGAUCUGAAAAAAGCUGUGGAGGAGAAAACUGGUCAUCUUGAUGAAAUAGAGAAGUUAAGAACGGAGUUGGAGACUCUAAAAGAGAAACAUAAAAAAGAGGGCGACGAUGAGGAAGUCGGCGAAGAGUACACACAGUUGCUUGAUCAACUCGCUGAAGAAGAGGCAAAAGUGAAUGAAACUGAAACAAAAAUAGCUGUUAUGACGAUGCUAAAGAAGGGGACUGUGCCCGACACAUUGCCCGGGCCAGCUGGUGGGACAAGAAACGAAAUUGAAGCAUUAGAAGAAAAGCUAAGACUGACUGAAGAAGAACGAGACAAAAUCAGCUUUGAACUUCGUAAAACAUGUAUCGAACAUGAAGUCGCUCAAUCAAAACUGAAUGAAUCCGAUGACAAAGUUGAAGAGAUGAAAAUAGAAAUGGACGGAUUGAGACAAAGUUUAUCUGAAAUCACUCGUAGCUCAUCAGAGGAAGUGCCAUGUGAGGAGUUGAACGCACGUAUAGAAGAACUGAGAACUGCGUUAACGCAAUCCCAAAAAGAUAAAGACCUUGAAAAAUCAAGAAACGGCGAUCUUCUUGAGGAAAUUGAAAAAUUGAAGAUCGAGAUAAGCAACAUUCAAAUUCGUUCCAACAACGAGAUUGACGAACUUAAAGCAAAAUUAUCCUCAACCAAACAGACUUUAGAGGGAGAGUUAAAUGUGCAAGAAGAGCGAUUGAAAAGCUCCAAAGAGAGAAUUGCUGAGUUGGAAAAACAGUUGCUUGAGAAUGUCCCUUUAGAUGUUCGCAAAGAGCUUGAAAAACAUCAAGCGAAAAUAAAUGCUAUCGAAGUUGAAAAGGUUGACAUGGCUAAAAACGUAUUGCUCCUGCAAGCCAAUAAUAAAGAGCUCAGUGCAAAAAUAGAUUCUUUGAACAACACCAUCGAUGCAACGAAACAGACGAACGAAGACCUACAGGAGCAUAGCAAAAAAGUACGAAAUGAAAUGGAGGAGAGAAUGAAGGAUUUGUCGCAUCAAACUGAAAGCAAGCACAAAAAGUUGGUUGAGGAACAUAACAAAAAGCUGAAGAGUUUACAGUUAAAGAUCAAGGUCGCCGAGUCUGCUGCAUCUCAAAAGGUGGUCACAACACCCAUGCAGAGGAAGGACGCACGUGAGGAAGAGAAAGUCCAAAGAGAGAAAGAAAAAUUACAUGGUCAAGUAGAGGCAUUAAAAAAGUCUGCACAGGAAGACAGCCAGAAAAUUAAGGCAUUGGAGAAAGAUUUAAAAGAAGCCAGAUCGAAGCAGGCUGCUGGAGGUGCUGAAGAUAGAACAGCUGCAAAGAAGAACGAAAAGCAGUUGAAAGAUCUAUCGAAACAAUUUGAAAUGGAGAAGAAAAAGAACGAAAAACAUAUUGAAAAGUUUAGCAAACUUGAGGAAGAACAUGUAGAAUUGAAGAAGAGAUUCGACUCUUUAUCAGCCGAGAACAAAAGUGACAAAGCUGAACUAUUGAAACUUGGAGUGGCUGCAAAGGAAGGACUUAUUGCUCAAGAAAAGGUUCAUGAUUUAACAGGUGAAGUAAAGCGAUUGCACGAAGAAAACAAAACUUUGUCUGAAAACUACAACAGCGAGCGUAUUCUUCGCAAGAAGUACUACAACAUGGUGGAGGAUAUGAAAGGAAAGAUUCGUGUGUAUUGUCGAUCGAGACCACUUAGUCGUUCUGAACUUGAGAGGGGCAAUCAUUCUGUGAUCAGAUCGCCAGAUGAGUACAGCAUCUCCGUCGAUACCGGCAGAGGCACAAAGGAAUUUCAGUUCGAUCAAGUUUUCACUGAGGAAAGCAGUCAAGAGAAAGUAUUUGAAGACACUCAUAAUCUUGUACAAUCGGCUGUGGAUGGCUACAAUGUUUGCAUUUUCGCUUAUGGUCAAACAGGAUCUGGGAAAACUUUCACAAUGAUAGGUGAUAAAGAGCAGAAGUUUCCCGGUAUCGCACCAAGAGCUAUGGAAAGGAUAUUUCACGUUAUUAAUGAAAACAAAGGAAAGUUCACUUUUAAGAUUUCGGUCUACAUGAUGGAGUUGUACAACGAUCGUCUGAUUGAUCUGCUGGCAGAAAGUCAUACUUCAGACGUGAGAUUGGACAUUAAGAAAGACAAAAAGGGUUUGGUAUUUGUCCACGGAGCAAAUGUUCUUGAUGCAGGUGAUGCAAAAUCUCUGUACCAAAUAUUUGAGAAAGGUUCCGAGAAUCGACAUGUUGCAUCAACAAAAAUGAAUUCAGAAAGCUCAAGAUCACAUCUAAUUUUGAGUAUAAUCAUCGAAAGUACCAACAAAACGACUGGGUCAGUUCUUAAAGGCAAGCUCAGCUUGGUGGAUUUAGCAGGCUCCGAGAGAGCAUCAAAGACACAAGCUAGUGCUGAACAGCUAAAGGAAGCACAAAGUAUCAACAAAAGUCUAAGCGCAUUGGGAGAUGUAAUUUCUGCCUUGUCUAGCGAGCAAUCAUUCAUACCUUACAGAAACAACAAGCUAACCAUGUUGAUGCAGGAUUCGUUAGGUGGAAAUGCAAAAACCCUUAUGUUUGUAAACAUUUCGCCAGCAGAUUAUAAUACAGAUGAGACUGUGACCUCGCUCACUUACGCCUCUCGAGUCAAAUUGAUUACAAACGAUGCUUCUAAGAAUGCUGAAAACAAGGAAAUUGUUCGACUCAAAGGAAUCAUUGCAAAAUUGAAACAAGGUGAAAGCGUUGAUGAGGAAGAGUAGUGGGAAUUGUAACUUGAAAUGCCACUUUAUUUAUACUCCUGCUUAUCUGUGGCCUUGCCAAGGGGCGGCAUGUGCUGUACUUCCCAUAAUUGGUUGUGAUGCAUGGGUCUCUCGCCUCAAGUGCUCCCUCCCCCAAGUUGAAUUUUGAAAGAACAGUCUUAAAAUGCAGAAAUGGAAAUAGAGCUGCUUUUACUACAGUUUAGCAUUCCGCCACAGUAUAGAAACAUACAGUAGUCUCACUUCACUGUGUAACUUGGUGCUGUGUAUUUAAUUAGAUUACUGGCUGCGGCUAGCCACCUCAUCGCUCCAAAAAAUACAAAUUUACUGGAUACCGCCACAUGCGUUACACACAAAAAUUUCUAUUGAGUGGGACUACUGUUUGUUCCUAUACUGUGAUGCUGUGGUUAGGUGCUCACAUACUUGCGACAUGAUCAAUUUAAAUUCCUGGUGCCAGUUGCACAAAGCCAGGAUAGCGUUAUCCAUUGGAUAGCAAAAAGUUUUAAACUUAUA